CAGAUAUUCUCAAUUUUCCCUCACAGUUGUCCGUACGUAUGAUCACGUGGAUCACGUGUUAUGAUAGUUUUGACAUGUUUAUUAUGGCUAUGAAUUGCCGUUUUUACCAUUGCUACAAAUAAUCAUUAACAUUGCCAUCGUAGCACUGAACGUGUUAUGCAAAUGACUAACGAAAAAACUCCAAAUAUGUCAUUUAACGAGAAUGUUUCUUCAUGUCAAAUAAUUCUACUUCACGACAGGAAAUUGUUCGACCAGUAUGGGAAAGCUUUUAGUGGCUUCUGUGCAUGCAUUAGCGAUUCAUUCUGCAAUUAACAAAUUGACGAUAUUGUCUGGAAUGAUGGAUUUCUAUGAUGACAUCACACUGUUCGCACUGAGAUCAGCAGACGAAUAAUACACUCACUCAUUUAUCAAAGUUUCUCCUGCGUCCGAGCAAUAUUUCCUUCCUAUCAUCGCCGCAUUACAAUAUUUUGAAGCCGAUUGUCGCUUUAUCAUUGUUUCUGGAAACUAAGAUGAAGCCAAUCGUUGUAUCAGGUCCAUCAGGAGGAGGCAAAAGUACUGUGAUUGGUAGAGCAAUGGAAACAUAUCCGAAUGCUUUUGCAUUUGCAAUUUCACACACAACACGAAAACCACGGCCUGGAGAGGUUGAUGGAAAGAAUUAUUGGUUUGUAACUGAGGAAAAAUUUAAGGAAAUGAUCAAAAAUAAUGAAUUCUUGGAGUAUGCAACAUUUGGUGGGAAUAUCUAUGGGACGUCGAAAAAAGCAUUGGAGGAUGUGUCGAAAGCAGGGUGUAUAUGCAUCUUAGAUGUAGAGCUGCAGGGCGUUCGUAGUAUACACAAAUGUGGAUUGGAUGCAAAAUAUAUUCUUAUCAGGGCGCCAAGUCUGAAAAUACUGGAGCAGCGCUUGCGUGCUCGCAAGACAGAGACCGAGGAAUCGCUGAAGAAACGAAUGAAACAUGCAGAGGACGAUUUAAAUGCUGUCGACGCCGAACCAAGUUUAUUCGACUUUGUGAUAGUAAACGAUGACUUCGAACGGGCUUACAACGAUUUUCUGAAGGCCAUUAAAGAAGAGUUAAGCGAAUUUAUGUCUCUUAAGGACAAAGUUUGAGCAGCGCCAACACGUUAAUAUUACUGUUUGGAAGCAUGAAUAUUAGAUCGAGUCCAUCCACUGUUUGUUGUUUGUAUCGUUUAUAUGUUUUGCAGUCUUCAGUAUCAUUAUUAAUUCUUUAUAAUAACUUGUAAUGGAACUGUUUGUUAGUAUAUUUUUGUAUUAGAUCGCAUAUUUCGUAAUGGUUUGGUAUGGCAUGUUUUUAUUUCUGUCAUGGUUUUGAUAUAUAAGAAGCUUCUCAGUAUCUUAUUUUGAGUGUGCUAGAUACGAACCUUGUGGAAAUUAAUUUUGUACCUGAUAUUUUAGUUAAUAAAAGUUCAGA